UCGGCUUUCUGGUCGUGGCCGCGCUGGCGCUGUGGCGCUCGCUGCUCUCCUGGGAGCCUCUCGGGCAGGAGGGCUGCCUGGGUCUUGGGCGAGCCCGCACAAGGGACGGGCGCUAUGCGGGGCCCGCUGCCCCUCCUCUGCCGGCGUCUUCAGAGAACUCUGGCUGCGGGAGCUCCGGGGAGGGUCAGGCUUUGCCACGAGGCUCCGGCUCCCGCAGCUUCCGGAGGGAGCAAAGGUAGAGCCCAGUUAAGUGUACAACCUACCUUUGGCAUUCUGUUUGAUAUUGAUGGAGUAUUGGUACGAGGAAGGACCCCAAUUCCUGCUGCCCGAAAAGCCUUUCAAAAACUACUUAAUUCUCAGGGACAACUUUUGGUGCCUGUAGUAUUUGUUACUAAUGCAGGAAACUGUCUGUGUCAGAAGAAAGCAGACCAACUGUCCCAUCUUCUUGAAGUUCCAAUUUCCAAAGACCAAGUUAUGAUGUCCCACAGUCCUUUGCGAAUGUUCAGGCGUUAUCAUGACAAAUGUGUUCUUGUAUCAGGACAAGGCCCGCUCCUUGACAUCGCUAAGCAUCUUGGAUUUUGUCGGCCUAUUACAAUUGACAGGUUGCGAGAAACCUAUCCCUUAUUGGACAUGGUGGAUCAUGACAGAAGACCUAAAGUUUUGCACUUACCCACAGUGGAAUUCCCCAAAAUUGAAGCAGUUAUUUUGUUUGGUGAGCCAGUGAGGUGGGAAACCAACUUACAAUUGAUAAUAGAUGUUCUUUUGACAAGUGGCUAUCCUGGAAAUCCUUAUGAACGAACAUAUCCACAUAUUCCUGUAUUGGCUUGUAAUAUGGACUUGAUGUGGGCAGCUGAAGCUCAAUCCCCAAGGUUUGGGCAUGGAACGUUUAUGGUUUGUUUGGAAAAUAUUUAUAAGAAGAUCACUGGCAAAGAAUUGAAAUAUGAAGCAUUGAUGGGAAAGCCUAGUGAAGUGACUUAUCACUAUGCAGAGUACCUCAUUAGGACUCAAGCAUCUGCAAAGCAGUGGAAGAGCCCUGUUCAAACGUUGUAUGCCAUUGGGGACAACCUGAUGACAGAUAUUUAUGGUGCUAAUCUCUACAACCGCUACCUUGAAGAGAGGAUCUCAAGAAGUUCUAAGGCUCAUGUCCAGGCCAAAGCACUAGGGGGCACAAGAUCUGCCACUGUUUCCCAGGAAGAGGAGCUUGAGAAUUCUUGGGAAAAUGAACUUGCAUCAGCUACUGCCACAAGAUGUAUGUCUGUUCUUGUUUGCACCGGAGUUUAUAACCCUCACACAGAGGUGCCUUCUGAUACAAGGGAGAACAUCACUGAGACUGUCUUUCAUGGUCACAGGGAUUUCAGAUUUGAUCCUGCUUUAGUAGAACCAAACCACGUAGUGUCAGAUGUUGAAGCUGCUGUUGAUCUCAUCUUCCAACUGGAAAACUUUGCACCACAUAAAAGCUGCAGGACUUCCUAAUGACUUUGUGAUGCUGUUAUAUUCCUUUUCUUUCUGAAAAACUAAGAGGGGUACUUAAUAUCAAACAGUCUCUAACAUACUAAUGUUUUUUAUAAGUAACAUUUCUACUACAUUUCUAAAAAAAAAAAAAAAAAAAAACAACCCA